AUCUCGAAAACCUCCAGAUGGAAUAUAAGAGCGUCCGUUCCCUCAUCUGCACCGUUAGUUGAACGUCGCGUGUGUGGUGAAGCAGUCGCCAUGAAGCAAUCCACAGUUAUUCUCCUCUGUACUCUGGGAAUUGCCUUGGCGGAUGUGAAAACCGACUUCGAGACAGCGAAAAUAGUCCCUGAUAUCAUAGACAGUGCACCGUUGAAGAAAAUCGAAAUCAAGUAUGGAGGCAAGGAGGUGAAUUUUGGAAAUGAAUUUACACCGACCGACACGAAAAACAUACCAGAAGUUCAUUACGAGCAUGAGGGUGGAGUUCUUUACACACUUGUGAUGACAGAUCCUGAUAUACCAGUGAGGGGAUACAAUAGAGAGUGGCAACACUGGGUGGUGGGCAACAUCCCCGAGGACAAAGUGUCUAAGGGUGAGGUAUUGACCGAAUACGUGGGUCCGGCACCACCGAAGGGCUCUGGCAAGCACAGAUACGUAUUCCUGCUUUACAAGCAGAACCAGGGAUCGAUAACCUUCGACGAGAGGAGGAUUGGCAACAGGGACAAACGACGAAACAGAUUUUCCGUCAAAAAACUCGCUGAGAAGUACAAUCUCGAGGGUCCACUGGCUGGUAACUACCUCAAGGCUGAAUACGACGACUACGUUCCCGUCAUUCAUAAACAAAUAGGAAAUUGAAUUCCUACACUCACCCAUAAUUACUAUUAAUUGCAUUUAUGAGGGAGAAAUCCAUUGCCUUUGAAAUUAACUCGACUCUAAAUUAAAAUAAUUACACUAAAAUUAUGAAAUAAUAUUGUGAUUGUACUCUAUUUUUUGUACUGAAAGAAUAAAUCAUUGAAAUAUGA